UCGGCGGCGCGCGCGGCAAAUGGAGUGCGUCCUCGCCGAAGCGCUGCUGUCGCAGAGCCGGGACCCCCGGGCGCUGCUCGCGGCGCUGUGCCGCGGGGAGGCGUCCGCGGAGCGCGUGGAGACGCUGCGCUUUCUGCUGCAGCGGCUGGAAGACGAGGCGGCGCGCGGCGGCGGGGGCGCGGGGCCGCUCCCGGAGGCGGCGCGCGAGGUGGCGGCCGGGUACCUGGUGCCGCUGCUGCGGGGCCUGCGCGGGCGCCCCGGGGGCGGCCCCGACCGCCGGCGCGUGCUGAGGGCUGCGGGCGCCGCCCUGCGCUCCUGCGCCCGCCUCGCCGGGGGCCCGCAGCUGGCGGCCACGCUGGCGGAGGAGGCGCUGCGCGACCUGCUGGCCGCGGGCCCCGCGCCCGGCGCCGAGGCGGCCGUGGAGGUGCUGGCGGCCGUCGGGCCCUGCCUGCGGCCCCGCGAGGACGGGCCGCUGCUGGAGCGGGUGGCGCGGGCCGCCCUGGGCCUGGCGCUGGGCGCGGACGGGGCCGGGGCCGGGGCCGGGGCCGGGGCCGGGGCCGGGCGCGCGGAGGACGCGGCGGCGCUGGCGGCCGGGCGGCUGCUGCCGGCGCUGGGCCAGUGCGGCGGGGCGGCGCUGCGGGCCGUGUGGGGCGGGCUGGUCGCGGCCGGGGCGCCCUCGGGGCCGGGCCGCGUCGGGCCGCAGCUGCUGGUGCUGAGCGCCCUGGCCGAGAGGCUGCUGCCCGAGCCCGGCGCCGGCCGCGGUCCGCGCGCGCGCGAGGAGGGCCCGGACGCGCGGCGCUGCUGGCGCUUCUGGAGGACGGUGCAGGCGGGGCUGGCCCAGGCCCAGGACGCCCUGACGCGCAGGCGCGCGCGCUACCUCCUGCAGCGGGCGGUGGAGGUGUCGGCGGAGCUGGGGGCCCCCUGCACCUGCGGGCCCCAGGAAGGAACCGGCCCAAGUCUGUUUUGGUGGUCUGAGAAGAAAAAGGAUGAGCUUCUAAAGUUUUGGGAAAACUAUAUUUUAAUUAUGGAAACUCUAGAAGGAAAUCAGAUCCAUGUUAUAAAGCCCGUUUUACCAAAGCUGAAGAGUCUGUUUGAAUAUGCAGUGUCAGAGGAAGAUGGAUGUUGGCUGUUUCACCCAUCCUGGCAUAUGUGUAUUUAUAAAAGAAUGUUUGAAAGUGAAAAUAAAAUCCUGACCAAAGAAGGUGUUAUCCAUUUUUUGGAGCUGUAUGAAACAAAGAUUCUUCCAUUUUCACCAGAGUUUUCUGAGUUUAUCAUUGGACCACUAAUGGAUGCACUUUCAGAAAGCUCUCUGUACAUCAGGUCCCCAGGCCAGCUGAUAGGAAGUGGUUCUCCAUUGGGACUGAAAUUGCAGAAGUUUUUAGUCACUUAUGUUUCUCUUCUUCCAGAAGAAAUAAAGAGUAGUUUCCUCUUAAAGUUUAUUCAGAAGAUGACAAGUAGACAUUGGUGUGGCAUUCCCAUUUUGUUUCUGUCUAAGGCUUUGGCAAAUGUCCCAAGAUGUAAAGCCCUGGGUGUAGACGGGCUCCUUGCUCUCAGGGAUGUUCUUCAGUGCACUAUGAUCACCCAUCAGAUUCUGCUGAGAGGGGCAGCUCAGUGCUAUCUUCUUCAAACAGCUAUGAAUUUGGUAGAUGUGGAAAAGGUGUCACUUUCUGACGUUUCAACUUUUCUCAUGUCUCUGAGACAAGAGGAGUCCUUAAGACGAGGAACCUCACUGUGGACAGAGCUCUGUGAUUGGUUGCGUGUUAAUGAAAGCCGUUUUAGGCAUGCCUCGGCUUGUAGCUCCAUUGGACUUCCUGAGACAUCCUCUUUAAAUGCUUACGUGAAGAACCUAGUUCAAGAGUGUAUUAAGUCACCUUCUUGGGAAACAGGAGAAGACCACUUUAUGCCUGACUGGUUCGAAGCCAAGCUAGUUGCGAUGAUGGUCUUAUUGGCUGUAGAUGUGGAAGGAAUGAAAUCUCAGUAUAGUGAAAAGCGGAGAACACAGAAUGUAUUAAGGAUAUUCUUAGAUCCUCUUCUGGAAUCCCUUAUGAAGUUUGGUACAAAUGCCUACAUGCCCUUGCUGAAAACUGACAGAUGCCUCCAGUUGCUGUUGAAGUUAUUGCACACUUGCAUGUUGAAAGGUUCCAGUACCCAAGAUGAUGAGGUGUUCACGCUUCUUCAGAGCUUUGUCCUGUCUACUACCGAAAGUGUUUCCGAAUUUAUCCUCCGACGGCUCACUAUGAAUGAACUCAGUAGUGUUUCAGAUCUGGAUCGUUGCCAUUUAUACCUGAUGGUAUUAACUGAGCUUAUAAAUCUCCAUUUGAAGGUUGGGUGGAAAAGAGGCAACCCCAUUUGGAGAGUUAUUUCUCCUCUGAAAAAUGCAUCCAUUCAGCAUCUUCAGGAGUUGGACAGUGGACAGGAUCCGACACUUGCAAGGCAGAUCCAGAGGGUUGUUAGUAUGGCUGCUUUGGCUAUGGUGUGUGAGGCCAUUGAUCAGAAGCCGGAACUACAGCUCGACUCUUUGGAUGCUGGACCUACAGAAAGGUUCCUCUCCUCUCUCCCACUCAAUUGUACACUGCAGAAGCCCCAUGCAGAGAAGCAGAGCAGUUCCUUUGAAGAAUCAUCAGCUUCCCAAGGAUGGGGGAAAAUAGUUGCACAGUAUAUCCAUGAUCAGUGGAUUUGCCUGUCUUUCUUGCUGAGGAAAUAUCACACUCUGAUACCAGCGUCAGAGGGUGAGGUUCUGGAACCCAUCCUGCCUGCUAUUCAGAUGCCAGUCCGGACUUUGCAGGCUGCGCUAGAGGCCCUCACAGUACUGCCUUCAGAUCAAGUCUUGCCUGUGUUCCGCUGCAUGAAAAUUCUGGUUCCCAAGCUUUUGACCUCCUCUGAAGCACUUUGUGUAGAGUCUUUUGACACGGCUUGGAAAAUUAUAUCUGCCUUAAGCAAUACUCAGCUGAUAUUCUGGUCUAAUUUAAAAGCUUUUGUUCAGUUUGUUUUUGAUACCAAAGUUCUUACCAUUGCUGCAAAAAUCAAGGGCCAGGCAUAUUUCAAAAUAAAAGAGAUUAUGUACAAGAUAAUUGAAAUGUCUGCUAUAAAAACUGGAGUCUUCAAUACACUGAUAAGUUAUUGCUGCAAAUCUUGGAUAGUUUCUGCUUCAGAUGUCCCCCAAGUAUCUUUAUCAAGUGCUAAAAAUUAUAGUGAACUUGUCCUGGAGGCUUGUAUAUUUGGAACUGUGUUUAGGCGUGAUCAAAGACUUAUUCAGGAUGUACAGACCUACAUAGAAAAUCUUGGACACGAUUGUGCAGCAAACAUGGUUAUUGAAAAUACUAAAAGAGAAGACCACUAUGUGAGAAUUUGUGCUGUCAAAUUCCUGUGUUUGUUACAUGGCUCAAAUGUAUCUCAUAAGUUGUUUAUGGAAGAUCUUGCAAUCAAGCUAUUAGAUAAAGAUGACUUGGUGUCCAAGUGCAGGACUCGGUACUAUGUGAACUCCCAGCAGCAUCGGGUGAAGAACCGAAUAUGGCAGACGCUACUGGUGCUUUUCCCCAGCUUUGAUCAGAAUUUCUUGAAUAGAAUUAUUGACAAGAUUUUCCAGGCUGGUUUCAUCAAUAAUCAAGCAUCCAUAAAAUAUUUUAUAGAAUGGAUUAUUAUAUUGAUUCUUCAUAAAUUCCCUCAAUUUCUUCUGAAGUUCUGGGAUUGUUUUUCUUAUGGUGAAGAAAACCUUAAAACAAGCAUUUGUACAUUUUUAUCAGUUUUGUCACAUUUGGACAUCAUCACUCAGAAUAUUCCAGAAAAGAAACCAAUUCUGAAGCAAGCCCUUAUUAUCGUCCUGCAGUGGUGUUUUAAUCACAAUUUUAGUAUUCGACUGUAUGCCUUAGUGGCUCUUAAGAAGAUCUGGAGCAUGUGUAAGACACUGAACAUGGAAGAAUUUGAUGCUUUGACUUCUGUUAUUGAAUCCAGUCUUAAUGAAGUGGAAAACAUGCCUGGAGCAGGGAAUGCCAAGAAGAACUGGCAACGCAUCCAAGAGCAUUUCUUUUUUGCAACGUUUCACCCACUUCAAGAUUACUGUCUGGAGACCAUAUUUUACAUCUUUCCACGCCUUUCAGGCCUGGUUGAAGAUGAAUGGAUCGCCAUUGGUAAAUUCACCAGAUUCACAGAUAUCCCUUUGGAUGCAGGAUUUCAAUGGUACCUUUCUCCAACUCACCUUUGUGAACUAAAACCAGGUGACUGGGCUCAGCAGGACAUAGGCUCUCACUCAGGAGAAGCAGAUAGCCAAUCAGAAUGGACUGAUGUUCAGAAGAAGAUUAUCCCCUGGAAAAACAGUGCUCCAGAUUUAGAUCUGGAGGUAGUAUUUCAGGAUCGUGUUGCCAGACUUGGAAAGUCAAUUAGCAGACUGAUUGUAGUGGCCUCGCUCAUUGAUAAGCCAACUAAUUUAGGAGGGCUAUGCCGGACCUGCGAGGUGUUUGGGGCCUCGGCGCUCAUCGUGGACAGCCUGCAGUGCGUCAGAGACAAACAGUUCCAGAGCCUCAGUGUUUCAGCAGAACAGUGGCUUCCUUUAGUAGAGGUGAAACCACCUCAGCUCAUCGAUUUUCUGCAACAGAAAAAAGCAGAAGGUUACACUGUCAUUGGCGUGGAGCAGACUGCCAAAAGUGUGGACCUGACGCAAUACAGCUUUCCGGAGAGAUCUCUGCUCUUGUUAGGAAAUGAACGUGAGGGAAUUCCAGCAAAUCUGAUCCAGGAAUUGGAUGUUUGUGUGGAAAUUCCUCAGCAGGGCAUUAUCCGCUCACUUAACGUCCAUGUGAGUGGGGCUCUCCUGAUUUGGGAAUAUACCAGACAGCAGCUGCUUAGGCAUGAGGACACCGAGUCAUGAACUUUGUGCCUUAUCUGAGAUGAAUUAUUGGUGCUCUUGAAACAUUUUUUUAAAAACUAUGUGUACUAAUGAAAUUGAUUAUAAAAUUUACUAGGAUAAUUUGUAUUUUUUUCUUACCAACAUAAUGCCAAAACUUUUUCAUGUGCCUUAAAUAUAUCACUAUAUGUUGUCUCCUUGAAUAAAUAUUUUUAGCUAAA